AGUACCCCGACGUGAACAGUAACUCCACUUCCACAAAAUUGGCCAAAACACUAGCUAAUCUCACGGGAUUUUCUCCAAAAAUCACAACAACCAACUAACACUCAAUCACAUAAAUCUCACUUGAAUUAAGCAACAAAACACACUUAAAUCCCUCUUAAUUGCUACCGGAAUUUCCCCAUUUCCUAGCCAAAUUCGGACAUCACAAGAAGCAACUUUAAAUGGAUAAUUUAAGCCUUAAAAAGCUGUCACAUACCAGAAUUUACAAGCAAGGAACCGGAGCUAGCAGAUUGGGGAAGGCCGGCGGGAUCUGCAGGGGAAGCUCACGGAAACUACCCAAAAUUGAAGGAAAUAAGAGCAAUCAAAGUUAACCCAAGCCAAUUCAAGCAAGAACAAAGGAAUUAGGGGCUGUUCUUACCGAAAAAAAAUUCCCAGAAAUCACCCACAAUCAAGAGCAGCCGGCGGAAGGACAAAGCAGAGCAGGGCAGAUCCGGCUUUUCCAGCAGGGGGGAAAGAUUUCUGGGUUCUAGGUGUGUUCUAGAGCAAGAAAGGAAGGAGAAAACCAAGCUUAUCUCACCGGUUUCUCAAAGGCAUGGCUGGGUUCCCCUUUUUUUUUUUCGGGUGGCUGCAGCGGGAAGAGAUGAGCAGAAUCGGGAAAUGGCUGGCGAAGAAAGAAGGAAGCCGCCCGAUUCUGCUCUUCUUCUUCUCCCCUGCACCGAACAAAAACCCAGCCAUCGACACACCACCCACUUGGAAAAAACAAACGGUAAAAAGCUUGUGUUUUUGCCCUUCUUUCUUGUUCAAGAACAAGAUUUAAAGCUUAGAAAUUCCCCCCCCCCCUCUGCAGAAUUUCCGGAUCUGCUCUGCUCUUUCUUCUCUGUCCGUGCCCUUGGCUGUGUGUGGGUGUGAGUUUUUGGGUUUUCUGAUCCCUUGAAAUUCUCCUUCAUUCCCGCCGGCCUCCCCCAACCUGCAGCUUCGGUUUGCUUGCUGGAAAUUCUGGUGCUGUUAUGGCUUAGAGCACUUGGAUUGAGUUAUUAGGUGCUGUUAUGGCUUAGAGCACUUGGAUUGAGUU